CUGCGAGACUAUCGAGAAGCAGAAAUUCGGCACGGACGGCUCGCCAUGCUGGCCUCCACGUUUUGGCCCUUGCAAGAGAUGCUUGACCGACUCCUUUUAGAUGAUGAUCAAUACGGGUCUCUUAUUUACGGAUCGGUUACGCUACCGUAUUUUCCCCUUGUUAUGACAGCCAUUAUGCUGCUACUUGGUUACCUGGAUGUUUACUCACAAGCAGUUAAAGACAUGGACGAGAUCGGUGAAGCCUUCUUACCAGGAGACUGUUUUUGGGACCCACUUAAGGUGCUUGAGGGAGCGCCUGAUUCGAUGAAACGCAACAUGCAGGAACGAGAACUAUUUAACGGCCGAGUAGCGAUGCUGGCAUUUGCAGCGUUUGUUUGGGAAGAAGGAAUCACACAUCUACCACUAAUUGAG